AUGCGUGGAGUCAGCGGCGAAUAUUUCGAUGACUUUUAUCCUGACUUUCAUAUGGCGGCUACCGCUAAUCGAGUUCCCUUUGAUCAAAAUGAUCGAAAGUAUAAAUGUCUCUGCGGGCAACUGCAUAUCAAGAAAGGAGCACGUAUUGUUGCUAUCCUCGUUAAUGUACUGACAGCCAUUAACAUAAUCUUCAGUUUUACCAGAAGUUCUACAGUUUUGGUGUAUACUUGUAUGAGCACUGCAUUCUCUAUUGUAAUAUUCGGAAGUCUGCUUUAUGGUGUUUGGAAAGAGAAACGACUCUACUUGUAUCCAUAUUUGUUCUUCCAGAUAAUCUCUAUCGCCAUCUCCAUCAUCAUUCUCUUUGCUUUUCUGAUUUCAAUAGCAGUUGGAGCCUCUAUGGUAGUUGACUUGGCAAGAAAUGUAGGCAAUGUGGAUACAACUAGCGAAUCGGAAAAAUUGGAUGCGGAUCUGGCCGUUUUCACAGUUCUAUUCAUUCUCUUCCUGUGCAUCGGUGGCUUGAUUCAAGCGUAUUUCGUAGAGGUUAUUUACUCCUUCCACAACUUCUUGAAAGACCGUGAGAAUUCCUUCUCAUUCAACUUCGAGUCUUACUCCAACAGUGCCUUUGGAGCCGAAGCCACACCAACUCCACCGCCAACUUAUCCUGAGACUCAAAUUUCAGUUUCCUAA